AUGAAAACACCGGAUGAAGUAAGAAAAAUAAUAAAAAUUGCUAAGUUACAUGAGCCGGAGCUAACCGAAAUUACACAAGUAUUGAGAUUUUCCGAACCAGAGAAGCGAAAUGACAACCUAAAACUCUUGUUGCUAGAUGAUAAUCUGUUGAAAGAAAUAGAAUCGGGAAAAGAGCUUAUAUUUAAAGGUGAUCCGGAUGAAAACGUAGUACUAUGCACUGGUAAUAAAACUUAUGAUGUAAAAGAAGCUGAGACAUCCAACAGCCUCUUACUAAUCCCUGACUUAUUAUUUGCCGCAUCAUCAGGACUUGACGAAACAGUAAACAAUAUUUCAAUGGAAUGUGAUUCUGAUACAUCUUUCGAAAAGUUCAACACGAGUCUCAAUAAAUCUACAGAAUCUGAUGAAGGGUCGAAAACACCCAGAAAAAUUGAACAUAAAGAUGUUGUUAAUACAUUUUUCACUUAUUACGAGUUGAAACCCUGUAAACCGCGACUGUCAAAAUUGCAGAAGUUAUUAGACCCAACCAGGUAUCAAGGAUUGGAGCUUGAAUACAAAAUAGACAAAUCGAAAUUGCUAAACUAUGAUUCCAUCUGCAACAAAGUGCAAGCUUCUAGAGCAGAGCUAAAUGAAGAGUUGGAGAAAAUACAGGCGAUUGAAAUCGAUGGCUAUUAUCGGCUACUUGAAUUUGAUUACGAAUUUCGAGUGCUAUCUUACAUGUUGGAUCUUAUAGACGAAAAUUCAUGGCCUUUGGAUAGAAUAUCUAAAGAAGUAACCAUGGAUAGUUUAAAAGACCUCGUACCUUUACCAAUAUUAGAAUCAAUGUUUAAGUUUUAUACAAGUAACUCUGUAUUAGAAAAUGGUGUUCAAUUUUAUGAAUACAAGCAAGAUAAAGUUUGUAAGUUUUUAGCACGAGUUUUACUUAAAAGUGCGGGGAAAUUUAAUUUAGCAGAAUUUUUGCAAGCGUGGCGGGACUCUGUGCCGGAAGGAAUGACUACUAGUGAAUCACUACUAUCCGGAAUAGCAUUGGUAGACAAAUUAAGUACGCCACAAGUGGUUUGGGGUUUUGCCGAGAGUGAUUUACCAGAAGAAAUCAAUGAACGUUUCAAAGUUCUAUUUCAAACCAAAGCGAAAUGGACUGUAGAUGACAUAUCACCUUACAUAGAGUGUUACGCGACAGAAAAGUUAAACGUAAAUGCUCUUUUAACAAAAUAUGCGAGAGCGUCAACUCAAGAUGGUGUUCGAGUAUUUUCAGCAAAACAUAUGAAAUAA